UUUUUGGUCAAAGACAGUAUAAAGUUAAUAAAUAAUAAAAUCCAAAGAUAAAAUAUAUCCAUUUCCUAUUGGAAACAUGUGAUUAAUAUAGAGUUUGUGUCUGUUUGCUAAAUUGAUGAAUAUUAGCUGAACUAGUGGAAUAUUUUAUUAAAACCAUUGAAAACAAUUCGUGCUAAUCGCAGCAUAUCCGUGAAUCCAAAAAGUUAGCAAAAGCUGAUGGAGAGUGACCUAAUUAGUUUUGAGAAUCUUCUGUAUAUUAAUCUUUAGCGCGCGUACAUGGAAGAGAUUACACGGUUCCUAUAUACUAUGAUCUCUUGCUGAGUGCUGAUUCUCGUUUUAUACCCUAAAAUUAUACAAAAAAAACAAAAACAAAACAAAACAAAUGCAGAAGAAAGAAAGAAAACAGGAAUCAGAAUGCGAUCCCUUUGGAACAUCACUCUUCCUUUUUACUUGAAAAAAAGCUUGUUAAAGUUUCCACCAUUCCUCUUUUCAACAAUGAGAAUCUCCCAACCCAAGAAAUUUCUCCUUUGUUUUCUUCUCUCUUUGCAUGGUGUUCCCUUUUGAAACACGUUAUACUGAUAUAUCAACAAAGCUACCUUCUUUUUUUAAUCACGAAUUUUUGGAUUAUAAAAACCUCGUUAAUCUUCUCUGCACAGAUCACUCUCUAAUUAGCUCCUUUACUUCCUAAGCUCUUAGCAUAAUUAAUUGAUAUCGAUGGCAAAGAACUCAGAGAGGUGUGCUGGCAUAAGGUGAUACUUUUCUCUGGUAUCCGGAGCCUGGCCGUGGUAGUGGGAACUUCUCUACUAGCGCGACUUGGAGAGCCCUUUAUCACAAUUCUUUAGAGGUGUGCUGGCAUAAGGUGGUGUGGUUCGCAGGUCGAGUACCUAAACAUGCCUUUAUUACAUGGAUUGCAGCUAGAGACAGAAUGGUUACAAGAGAUAAACUAAUUCGGUGGGGAUUGAGAGUUCCAGCGAACUGUGUCCUAUGCCCCUCUCAUGAGGAAUCUCGAAAUCACCUGUUUUUUUAUUGUACCUUCAGCAAUCAGGUUUGGACGUUUUUCACUUCUCGCUUACACCUCUCACCCCCACAGGGGUUCGAGGCAAUUCUGAGAUGGCUUAAUGCUCCCUCUAGAGAUCCUAGUAUUACGUUGAUCGUGAGACUUAUCUUCCAAGCCGUCUUAUACUUGGUCUGGAAAGAGAGAAAUAGUAGAGUUCAUGGAGGUGUGGAGAAACCUCAUAGUGCGAUUGUAGCUGAAGUCCAGCAGAUCAUCAGGUUCAGACUAGAUCCUUUGGCUCGUCGACAGGUACUAGCGUCAGGGCAGUCGUCAGUGCUUGCAGUUUGGUUCUCCUUCUUCGAUGGGUGAGGCUGGUUUUGUUACUCGAGGAGUGACUUGGUGGUAAGUUUGUUGGGUGGCUGUAGAGCUGCUCUUUUUUCUUAGCUUUAUGUUCGGUUUCUUUGUAAUAAGUUUUUUAAUUAAUAAAUGGAAAUUUAAAGUAAAAAAAAAAAAAAGAACUCAGAGAGUAGCAGCAAGAACCAGGAGACGAAGAAAGAAAGCAGAGUGUGUGAGAAGAUUUUCAGAGCAAUGACGAGUCCUGUUCGAACUGUUCGCCGCCUUUCCACCAAACCUUCACCGAAGCACAACCAAGCGGAGCCUGUCCGCGUCAAGUUCUCUGAGACGUCGACUCAGGCAGCCAAACCCAUUUCAAAGAUGGAGCCGCUGAUCACUCGAGUGGAGACGAAGCUGAAAACGGACGAGAGGUUCACUGAUUAUAUAAAGAAAGCCAAACUGAAGAUCAGGGCAGUGACGAAUCCGGGUGACAUGAUGAGGAACGAUGCGUCGAAGACAAGUGAAGCAGAGGCACGUGAUCAUCGUCGUCAGUGCCAUGUCCCUACCGCUAGUGUCUCGAGAGAGGGUAGCAGUGGAAGGUCAUCAGAUCAUUUCUCCGAGUACAUAAGGAAGGCGAAGAUGAAGCUCAGAUCUUCCACCGUCGCUCGUGCGAACCCAACUUACAAGGAUUGAUGAAUUCCCACUAAAUUAUUAUAUGAAUAAUCCAGCUUACGGUUAUGCUCUGAUGACAAACUAUAUGAAUUAUCGAUAACUAUUUUUAAAUAUUACUAAACUAAGUUUUUCUAAGAAAAGAAUAUUAAUCUCGGGCACCUGUUAAAUUCUA